AUGAUUCGUGAUGGUUGGGGUGAGAAGGAAAAUGUUCAGAUUAUUUUUGGGUGCUGGAAAGAUGUUUUGUCUCAGCUUGAAACAACGAGAUUAUUUUUGCUCAUCACGUUGACUUUUGUUGAUUCUUCUCUGUUUGGGAAGACAUUAGAGUUAGAUAAUGGAGUUCAACAUGAUAGCCAUGAGUUUUUUACGUGGCUUUUGUCGUGGAUUGAGCGUUGUCUAAGUCAUUCCAAAGUUUCGAAGGCGAGAACAAUAGUUCAAGAUCUUUUCCGCAGAAGUGUGUCUUAUGUGACAACGUGCUCGCAAUGUGGAAGAGAUUCUGAAACUUUUUCCAAAACGAAAUAUUUUUAUGAGUUGGAGUUGAAUGUCAAGGGAUUAAAAAGUUUAGAUGAGAGCCUGGAUGAUUACCUAACUGUUGAAGAGCUUCAUGGAGACAAUCAAUAUUUUUGUGAGUCAUGCAACACAAGAGUUGAUGUUACUCACAGCAUCGAGUUGUGUACCUUACCUAAUGUACUUAAUUUUCAACUUAAACGUUGUGUCUUUCUUCUAAAGAAAACGUAUCUGCGAAGAAGAUGA